AUGAUGAUGAUGAUCAAUAUAGACAUAUCGUCCGGUCAAGAUGAGAAAAUAAAUUCUACAACAACAACAAUAGCUACUACAACUUCGAAUACAACAACAACUUCGAAUACAACCACCACGAAAAAACCAGAAAAAGAUCAUCAUUGCGGUUGGGGAUUGGAUUGGGGAGGCGAUUGGGGAGGUCAUGGCAAAAUUGGUUGGGGAGAUGGAAAAAUUGAUUGGGGAGGUGGUAAAAUAGGUGGUUGGGGAGGUGGUGGAAAAAUUGGUUUUGAAGGUGGUGGAAAAGGUGAUUGGGGAGGUGGUGGAAAAAUUGAUUUUGAAGGUGAUUGGGGAGAUGAAAAAAAAUUACCCGAAACGACAAGGAUAUCGAAAACAACAACAACAACAACAACAUCUAAAUCAACAAUCAAACCAAAUGAAAAUAAAAAUAAUACAAAAAACAAUGAUAAUGAAUUUAUAAUAGGACCAGCAUUAUUUCGUUUAAAUGGUCGUGAUAUUAAUAUAAUUAUUAAUCAAAAUUUUAAUACUGAUAAUGAUGAUUAUAAUGAUGGUAAUAUUGGAAAAAAAUACAAUAUUUCAAAAUUGCCUUUUAAUAAUAUUACUAUUCCAAAACAUCGAUCAAAUAAGUCACUAAUAAGUGAUGAACAACCACAUAAUAAACUACGUUCAAGAGGUUUAAGACGACCAUUUAUAGUAAUACCACGUGCAAGAAGACUACCAUUUAUAAGACGACCAAUUAUAGGAUAUUUACCACGUCCAAAAAGAUAUCUACCACGUUUAUUUUUACCACCUUUUGUACGUGAACUAAUACUUAUAGUAUUACCAUUUGUACUUCAAAAACUAUCAAAGGAACUAAGUCAUAGUAAUUUUCAACAAAAUUCUGAUGGCAAUGAAGAUGAAUUGCAAAACAAUUUAAAGAAUAGUACUUGUAUAACACCAUUUGAAGUAUUAAUACAUGGUUAUCUAUUACAUCGUAUUGUUGGUCGUGGUUCAUUCAGUACCCUAUAUGAAGCAAGUCGUUUAUUUGUUUCACAUGGUGGUGUUGCUUGUAAACAUGUACGUAUUGGCCGACCAGAAGAUAUUUGUCUUACAGAUUCGGAUGGCCGUUGGCGUUUACAAAUGCAACAAUAUUUCCUGGAAGAAGAAAUUCGUAUAUUACGACAAAUACGUCAUCCAAAUAUAAUACAAUUAUAUGAAAUAAUUAUCGAUGAUGAUAAUCGUAAUUAUUAUAUAAUGAUGAAAUUUGCUGUAAAUAAAACAAUCGCUAAUUAUUUAUAUCAAUUUUAUCAAAAACCAUUACCUGAAACAUAUGCUAAACGUUGGACAAGACAACUGAUGUUAGCAAUACAAUAUCUGCAUGAAGAAUGUCGUAUUGCACAUCGUGAUUUAAAAUUGGAAAAUUUUUUAUUAGAUGAAAAAUAUGUUGCAUUAUUAACGGAUUUUGGUUUGGCUAUUUCAUUAUCAAUACAUAAACGUAUUGAAACAUUAUUAUCAAUACAAUGCGGUACAACUGAAUAUAUGGCACCGGAAAUUUUAAAUCAAGAAUUACAACAACAACAACAACAACAACAACAAAUGACAGCAGCAACAACAACAUUAUUUAAUGAUACAUUUCCAUGGUGUUCAUAUGAUCCAUUUCGUGCUGAUAUCUAUUCAAUGGGUAUUUGUUUAUUUGAAAUGUUAAAUUAUUAUCGUCCAUUUCGUUGGUCAUCAUAUAAUUUAAAUUAUAUUAAUGGUGGUGCAUUUGGUAGUUAUAAUCAAAAUCAUAAUAAUAAUAAUCUUGUUUGGCAACAACGUAAUCGUCAAUAUCGUUAUAAUAAACGUAUUUAUUUAACUGAAGAAUGUCGUGAUUUAAUUGAUGAAAUGUUAGAACCAAGAGCAGCAAUACGACCAACAUCACGUCAAGUACUUGAUCAUCGUUGGUUCAAAUAUUCAAUACGAUAAAUAAUAAAUAAUAAUAAAUAAUAUCAAAUAAUCGACCUUCAACUUUGACGCAAAGCAAUAAAUGGUGGUAUAA